AUGGUGGCCCUUGCCGCCGCCAGCUUAGCUGGCCACGUCCUCCAAUCCCUCAGUCUCACAGGCGACGCAAUCUCCGAGAGCCGCCAGAUCCAUGCCUCCAUUUCGGGUACGUUGAAGGAGCAUGACGAUCUAGAACGCCUUACGAUUGAUUUCAAGGGUUUGGGCGGUUGGGUGCAGGCCUCAGCUGGAUUGGCUGGAUUUCGUCGGGAGAUGACUUUGCAUAUCACUGUGAACCUGAGAUCUCGGAUUGACGUACUGAACUUUCAACAAACAGAGUCUUUCCAAGCUCUUAAGGAUGCUACAAAGGAGGGCGCACAAAAGAUUUUAGAGGCGUUGAGUGACAGCCGAGACCAUUUGGUCGCUACCACAGGCUCACAAACCAAGCAGAUGAGGGCACUGCAUACACACACUGAGACGAUACUCUCUCAAGAGUUCAAAUCAGCGGCUGCAAAUUCAAAAAACAGAGCGAAGCAACCCGCACCCUUACGGCCAAAGAACAACAGAGCACCCGGGCGGAGGUACUUAAUGCCGUCGCUGAUGUAG